AGAGGAAGUCUUUAUACUGAGACGGAAGAACCAAUUCUCUUCAAGUCCGCCGACCGUUCUUCGUCGUGCGUAUAUUGGUGGUUUUGCCUAAUACGGUGUAAAGGUUUCCUUAUUAAUCAUCAUGGAGGAAGAUGAUCAAAAAGUGGCUGUGAUGCGUAAGGCGUUUCAAAUGUUCGAUACAACAAAAAGUGGUUUCAUUGAGACUAUGAAAAUCUCAACGAUAUUAAAUACAAUGGGACAACUGUUUGACGAUGGCGAAUUAAAUACUUUGAUCGAGGAGAAUGAUCCCGAAGGUGCUGGCAAAGUAAAUUUUGAUGGUUUUUGUAAGAUCGCCGGUCGGUUUCUUGAAGAGGAGGAUGCGGAAGCAAUGCAGGAAGAAUUGAAAGAAGCAUUUCGAUUGUACGAUCGUGAAGGUAAUGGAUAUAUUACCACAGCUACAUUGAAAGAAAUUUUAGCGGCGCUUGACGAUAAACUUACCAGUUCCGAUCUUGAUGGAAUAAUCGCGGAGAUCGACACGGAUGGUUCCGGUACAGUAGAUUUUGACGAAUUUAUGGAGAUGAUGACUGGUGAAUGAUCAUACAUCAAAACGGCAACGGAUUUAUAUCGUUGUUAGAAGAUUGCUAAGAAGAUGAUAAAACUUUCUUAAUAAAACGAUAUUUGUGCAAAAGA